AUGCGAACGAUCACGACCAAAUAUACACCGAACCCGAAGCCGGUUCCUCUACCAGAAAAUCUACCACCGCAAUAUUAUUCGCAGCUUCCGUUACACAUUCGUCCACAGCCAGACAAGAAAAAAUGGCGAAUCCAUCCAUCCCCCCCCUCCGAAAUGAACAUAUGCAAAGACCCCGUCGCCGCGGUCUCAGGGCGGCAGAUAACUAUGCUCGACCCUACCGGUGAACGCAAAGCUCUAUUCGACUACCGCCGCAGCGCCCGCAGCGUGAAACCAGGCGACAUUGUGCGAGUGACAUUCAAGAGCGGCGAUCCGUUUGCCGGUGUUUGCCUAGCCAUCAGACUGCGUGGCGUGGACACAUCGUUCCUGUUGCGCAAUCAACUAACCAGAGUUGGAGUGGAGAUGUGGAUUAAGGCGUAUAGUCCGAAUGUGGAGGGUGUUGAGAUUGUGCAGAGGACGGAGAAGAGGAAGCGCAGAGCAAGGCUUUAUUACAUGCGUCAACCCAAGCAUGAUAUGGGCAGCGUGGAGAAUAUUGUCCGCAACUACCUCCGCCAGAAGUCGGCCAUGGCUGGGCGUAAAUAG